CGGGUGAUCGUGGAGAAGCCCUUCGGGCGCGACCUGGCCUCCUCGGACGCGCUCUCCGCGCACCUGGGCCGCCUCUUCGGCGAGGAGCAGCUCUACCGCAUCGACCACUACCUGGGCAAGGAGAUGGUGCAGAACCUCAUGGUGCUGCGGUUCGGGAACCGGCUCUUCGGGCCCAUCUGGAACCGGGACCACGUGGCGUGCGUGGUGGUGACCUUCAAGGAGCCCUUCGGCGCCGAGGGCCGCGGCGGCUACUUCGACGACUUCGGCAUCAUCCGGGACGUCAUGCAGAACCACCUGCUGCAGAUGCUCUGCCUGGUGGCCAUGGAGAAGCCGGCCUCCACGGCCCCCGACGACGUGCGCGACGAGAAGGUGCCCGCGGGGUCCCCACGUCCCCGCGGGGCCACCCGCGGGGACGUGAAGCUGCCGGACGCCUACGAGCGCCUCAUCCUCGACGUCUUCUGCGGCAACCAGAUGCACUUCGUGCGCAGGGACCCCCGCGUGAUGUCGCGGUGCCGCGCUGAUGUCACGGCGACCUGCCAAUGUCACGGCGCCGCCGCGGUGACAUCGUGGGGGUGUCGCGGUGACGUCACGGUGCCGUCGCGGUGA